UUCUUUAUCAGAUAAAAAAGCGACGCUCUGUAUUGGGGGCUAAUUUCCGCCUUUGUUUUCACCCCAUAGAGAAAAAACGGAGAGCAAUUUACUAAAAAAAUUGCACCACAACCCAAAUAUUUUUCUGUUCCAUAUGAUUCCUAAUUUUUGGCUCGACGUUUUUAUGUAAACCUCACUGAAAAAUCCCAGCGUGGCUUGAAAAAAGGUUCGAUUGUGAGAUUAUGUUAUAGAAUUUAAAUACGUUUAAACAGAGUAAAGAAUAAAUAUAUGUAUAUAUAUAUAUAUUUAUAUUACAUUUUUAAGUAUUCAAGUAGCGUAGCGUCUCAUAAAAUGGACAUGAAUGCUGUAAAAGUAGAACCUGAAACGUCCCGGGAUCCUCGAUUCAAAAAUCUUUUGACCAUUAAUCAAAAGAGCUUAGCGAGUUGGACCGUGUUUAAAUUUUUUAAAAAGUCAGAAAUUAUUGAAAAUAUUGAGCGAGCCUAUGUUAUGGGACCUCUAUCGGCAAUUAUAGUAACGAAGAAAGAUGAGGUUUUUUUGCUGCAACCAACCGAAACAUCUAACAUGAAAUCUACUGAAGGAAAUAAUAUUCUCGCUAAAAAGCUGGGACCACUAUGUGGUAAAAAUAUUGUGGAACUUUACUCACACGAAUGUAACUACUUUGCGGCGUUAACUAAAUCUGGCACCCUGUAUGUGUGGGGAUCUAAUAUACCCGGUGGUUGUAUUGAAGAAUGUGUAAGUGACGAGAUCGAUGUUGAUGAAGACGAUGACGAAAAUGACGGAGACGACAGUUUGGACGAAGACUACGAUGGUGACCAAGAAAACCAAGAGGGCAGCGACCAGGAAGACCAAGACGACCAAGACGACCAAGAAGAGCAAGACGACCAAGACGACCAAGGAGUCCAAGAGGAUCUUGACGCCCAAGGUGUCCAAGAACAAGACAGUAACAGCGAGAUUGAACAAUUUGACGUAAGGGGAUUGGAAUCAAUAAGGAUAACUAGUGUCGCUUGUUGUAAGGACUUUAUUUUCGCCAUGUCCGAUAAAAAAAUGGUUUACAUAUCUGGCGAGUUGUCUUUACAAAUAAACAACACCCCUUUCGAGUACAAGAGCAAAAUUUUUAUGCCCGCCACAUUAUUCGAUUGGAUGACUGUUGACGGAAUAUCUGCGGGGUAUAAUUGUUUCGCCGCAUUUUCAAAGGGAGGACAGGUUACUUCAUGGAGGUCAACCCGCACGAGUACGGGAUACCGAAUACGAAUACCUCAUAGUCUUAAAAAGGUCAUAUGUGGGCGGUUACAUUUCAUUGCGUUGUGUGAAAAUGGAGACUUGUAUGUUUGGGGGAACAAUUCGUUUUCCCAACUUGGUAAUAAAGCAGCAAAACCUGCACACUAUCCGGUCCCGCUGAAGUUUCAACAACCUGUAAAAGAUAUUUGCUCACAUCCAAUGUUCAACUUGAGUGUAUGCGAAGCAGGAAACCAAUUAUACCUUUGGGGAAUAGACCAGGCAACUAGACCAACGGUGACAUAUUUUAAAAAUAUUGUCGACCCUUUCAAGAAGUUAUGCCACGCAUACUUUGCAACCAUUUUGGUUGCUAGAGCUCGCACCGUGAGAUCAAUCCCUUCGGUCAGUCCACGCCCUAUCUCAACACCAACUACAUCAUCAAUACCAGUGGCAAUUGCAAGACCAAUCCCUGUAGCUACACAGGUGACGGCCGAUUUAUUCUUCAUCGUUGAUGGAGUAACCAUUGCCGGGCAUAGAGACAUUUUGAUAAGAAAAAGCGGUUUUUUCAAAUGUCUUUUGGAAGCAUACCAAACUAAUGAAACAGAGAUUGUGAUACCCGAUAUCGAGCACACAACAUUCGACGCAUAUAUUUUUCUUGUGUAUACCGGAAAACUCAAUUGUAGAAAGUCAAACGUGAAGUAUAUUAUGGAUGUCCUCCGGUUGUGCCAAAUCAACAAGGAGGAACCUCUUGUCACUACUUGUCAGACAGCUAUUAUGCACGGUUUGACAGUUAGGAACGCAAUGGAAACUUUUAACCUUGUGGAGACCCAUAACAGCAAGUUGGAGGUAGAUCAACGGCUGGAAACGUUGGAAGAUAACGUGCUGAAAUUUAUCGCUGCAAAUAAAAAAGAGCUUAACGAAGAGAUUGAAACUUGGUUGGAUGCUAGUGAAAAAGCAAAAGUUAAAAAGUUAAUGAACGCACUGAUAAGGUUUGAUUAGAGUAUUAUCAAGUAUCGGUACUGCUCGCUCCGCUAAUUUUUGCAAGGGAAAAAAUUUACCAGCCGGAAACACGAAAUACAAGUAUUUCGACCGUCGGACCAAUACUUAUAGAACGAACUCAAAAAUAUAUGUUAAAUAAUUCGAACAUAAAUAUUCUGUACCCCUAAUUUAUCAUAGUAAACAAGUUUAAUACAUUUGCAACAUUACGAAUUACAUACA